AUGAGCGCCAUCCUUAGUGCCGACGACCUGAACGACUUUAUCAGUCCUGGUGUGGCCUGUAUCAAACCGGUUGAAACCCUGCCUGCUGCCCCUUCCGAGCCUUCGAAUCCCUACGAAGUCACAACAGAAGACAAAGUCACAGCAACAGAAGCAAAACUCCAGGCAGCCCAAAUAUCUCUCACGGACUGCCUUGCAUGCUCUGGUUGCGUCACAUCCGCUGAAGCUGUCCUUGUCUCUCUUCAAUCCCAUCAGGAAGUUCUUACCGUUCUAGACUCGGAGGAUUCCUGUUCGGUUGGCUCCCUCAACGGCUCCCUGCAGCAUGUCGGUGCGGGUGAAGAUGCAACAGUUCCGAACAAGCGGAAACGCAUAUUCGUUGCUUCGGUCUCCCCACAAACUAGGGCCUCUUUGGCAGCGGCGAUGGGAAGAUCCACAAAUGAGAUAGGCCAUAUGAUAGAUCGAUUAUUACUGGAGUCUAUAUCCUCAAAUGGGAAAAGGGGAUUUGACUAUGUUCUCGAUACCGCCCCCUUUCUAUCCGUCUGUUUACACCUUGCCGCUCAAGAGCUAGCGGAUUCGUUAGCAAAUAGAUCCGAAAAGACCCCAAAACUCCCGAUUCUGACGUCCGAGUGCCCUGGAUUUGUGUGUUAUUUAGAGAAGACGCACCCUGCAGUUCUCCCGCAUCUAUCAAGGUUAAAGUCACCUCAAGCCUUGCUAGGGACGCUCCUCAAAUCACUGCUGCCCAGGUAUAUUGGCGACGAUAUAGAUGUAUAUCAUGUCGCCGUCAUGCCGUGCUUUGAUAAAAAACUCGAGGCGAGUCGAGCUGAACUCACGGAUGCAACUUGGAAGGAUGUUGAUCAGGAUAUCACACCUACAAGGGAUGUGGACUGUGUGAUAACAACUAGGGAGCUGCUACAGCUUGCAGAUUUUCGCGAUGUGGACUUCAGCACAUUGUCUCCGAAAGCCCUACCGAAUAAAAUGCUUCCUCCGAUCCCUGCACUCCAGACUUUUUUGUUAGGCGCUCGGAACCUGAAGGAUGAACAAUCUUUAGGAUUACAGGUUGGCACUUCAGGUGGUUAUCUCGUCAGCAUAAUGCAAGAGCUGCAAUCAAAGCACACGGGUAGCAAAAUAAUCGAAAAAAAAGGAAGGAACUCGGAUGUGAUGGAGUUUAUCCUCCUGUCGGCUGAUGGAGAGACCGAAAUCUUGAAAAUGGCCCGGUUUUACGGCUUUCGAAAUAUUCAGAACCUUGUCCGAAAAUUAAAGCCUGCGAAGUUAAGGAUGUUACCUGGUGGAGCCGCAAGGAAAGUAGUUGGGAAGACAGCACGUGCACCGACCGCUCGGGCUGGUACGUCUUCAUCGGUAGGAAGCGAAUACUGUUAUGCCGAAGUCAUGGCUUGUCCGGGAGGGUGCACGAAUGGUGGAGGUCAGCUGAAGUUUGACGAUUCGUUCAUCGUUGAUUCAGUAGCUCAAGCGACUGCGAAUGCUGCCGUUGUUCUUAGGUCUGAAGCUAAAGCCUGGCUUGGGAGGGUUGAUGAAGCGUAUUUCUCUGCAGAUGAAGACGCAAUAGAGACCGGGAGAAAGGAUUUGAUUGUUCGAAAUCGGGAAUCCCGGAUUGCUAACAUUGACCAGCUCCUGGAAGACUGGGUUGCGGAUACUAGAGUGCCGUUAGAUAAGCUGGUGUAUACCACAUAUAGGGCCGUUGAGAGCAAUGUUGGUAAGGUAGACGGGGAGAUGAGUACUCUUCAGGCAGCAGAGUUGGCACAAAAGGUUGGAGGCGGGUGGUAA